ACAAAGAAAAGAAGAACUAGAACAAGUUUUUCCCCUGAUCAGAAACGAGAAUUAACAAAUCGAUUCGAAAGUAAUCCUUACAUCAAAUCUAGUGAACGAAGAGCUUUAGCAGCUAAACUUGGUCUUCCUGAUAGAGUGGUUAAGAAUUACUUUCAAAACAGGCAA